GUCGCUUCGCGUGGAGAGUUGAAAUCCAUGUGGUGGAUGUGGAAUAGUACAAUUAUAGACCUCAUUUUGUUUAUGAUUUCCUACUCUCAAUAGUCAACUUUAACGCUUAAUAUCUGUUCGCGAGGCAGAUUGACAUUUUUUUCUGUCAGAUUCUUUCAUUUCAUGCAAAAACGCAUCGAAUGAGCCUAAUUGAUUUUUGAGGUGGGGUAGCUAAACUAUAAUUAUCGCAUAUACAUCAUCAUGCCAAGCUGUUACAUCAAAAAUUGUACGAAUCGUGUACGGAUAAAUGAUAUAAAAUUUUUUAAAUUACCGAAAGAAUCUGUUGUUCGUCAGCAAUGGCUGAAGGCCUGCGGAAAAAAUGAAGGAGAAUUACCUAAAUCUGCAACGAUAUGUAGUAUUCAUUUCGAGGAAGACUGUUUUCGAUGGACAAAGCCACAAGAUAAUAUACCACCUAAGCAGAUAUGGCGAUUGAAGGAAAAUUCUGUCCCUACAAAAUUGUUGAAUAUGAAAAAGAAUGAUAAAAGAAAAAAUGAUAAUAAAAAAAUAAAAGUAGCAGGUGUACCAACCUAUGGACAACUUGUGCAAUAUGCGCGAGAAAAACAGCAUAUACUUUCAGACGAAACAAUUUGUAUGGAUACGAAUAUUUGUAAAGAUGACUCCAUUUUGCUUCCAAAUGUUGCAAUAAAAGAAAUAACGGUAACUCCGGCAGAUACGCCGCGCUGGGAUUUACGGAGCAGAAGUAAAAAAAAAUAGGAGUGGAGAUAAUUUUCCCGUAACUACUUGUUACAUGCCUUUAUAUUAUAUUAGUAUUUUGUUAUGAUUUGAAUUUCUUUAACAUAUUAAUGAAAUUAUUGUGAAUUAUUGAUUUGUCACUAAAAUAAAUAGCGCUAUCAUAAAUUAUAAUCUACAUGUAGGGCGUGUAAAAGACUUGGUGGUUAUUUUGUGGUUAUUUCGUGAUACAUAAGUGUAGAGGAAUAGUAAAGCAUGUUGUAUAGCAAAAUAUAAGUUUUGCUCUUGUAUUCUUUGUUUAAUUUGUUGUCUUGUAUAUCCUUUCUGUUUGGGAUAUACCGCAUUUUUAGCAGGCGGGAUUAUGUACAAAGUAUACAAAGUGCGCAGAUUGGAUUCAGUGCACUAAAUGCAAUAAACACAUUACAUGAAAUAUAUACCUCAUGUAAUAACA